GACGAUCUUGUUUUAGUACAGAGUGAGUGUUAAAAGCAAUUGGGUGUCUUCUUCAUCCGGAGCUAUGGCGAUUCCAAUUCCGACACGGCAGCUCUUCAUUGACGGCGAGUGGCGAGAGCCGAUCAAGGGGAAGCGCAUUCCGAUCAUCAAUCCCAGCACUGAACAAACUAUCGGGGAUAUUCCUGCUGCUACUGCUGAAGAUGUGGAUAUUGCGGUAGAAGCUGCACGGAAAGCAUUUUUCCGUAAUGGAGGCAAGGAUUGGUCUUCGGCGACGGGAGCACACCGAGCCAAGUAUUUACGAGCCAUUGCUGCUAAGAUUACGGAAAGGAAACCGGAGCUAGCGAAACUUGAAGCGAUUGACUGUGGGAAGCCAUUAGAGGAAGCAGCUUGGGAUAUUGACGAUGUUGCUGGAUGUUUUGAAUACUUUGCUGAUGUUGCCGAAAAUAUGGAUUCGAAGCAAGUUACUCCUAUUUCUGUGCCGAUGGAAGCAUUUAAGUGUCAUGUUGUGAAAGAGCCCCUCGGUGUAGUUGGUUUAAUCACACCAUGGAAUUACCCUUUAUUAAUGGCGACAUGGAAAGUUGCCCCGGCACUGGCUUCUGGUUGUACGGCUAUUCUAAAACCAUCCGAAAUGGCAUCAAUAACUUGUUUGGAGUUGGCGAAUGUUUGUAAGGACAUAGGUCUUCCACCCGGCGUGCUAAACAUUUUGACUGGUUUGGGGCCAGAAGCUGGAGCCCCUUUGGCUUCACACCCCCAUGUCGACAAGAUUGCAUUCACAGGGAGUAGUGCUACCGGAAGCAAGAUCAUGACUGCUGCUGCACAGCUUGUGAAACCGGUUACGUUGGAGCUUGGCGGGAAAAGCCCAAUUGUUGUGUUUGAGGAUGUUGAUCUUGAUAAGGCUGCCGAGUGGACUCUCUUUGGUUGCUUUUGGACAAACGGUCAGAUAUGCAGCGCUACUUCUCGUCUCUUAAUCCAUGAAAGCAUUGCUCCAGCAUUCGUGGAGAAGCUCGUGAAAUGGUGCGAAAACAUUAAAAUUUCAGACCCCUUAGAGGAAGGUUGCAGGCUCGGCCCUGUUGUUAGUUCCGGGCAGUAUGAUAAAGUGAUGAAGUUCAUCUCAACAGCCAAGGAGGAAGGCGCGACAAUAUUGCACGGCGGCGCACGACCUCAGCAUUUGGAGAAAGGCUUCUUUAUCCAACCAACUAUAAUAACCGACGUGACGACCUCCAUGCAAAUCUGGAAAGAGGAAGUCUUCGGACCCGUCCUCUGCGUCAAGACAUUUUCGACUGAAGAAGAAGCAGUCGAACUGGCGAACGAUACCCAGUAUGGCCUGGGUGCUGCGGUGCUAUCGCAAGAUCUCGCAAGGUGCGAGCGGAUGACUAAGGCAUUUCAAGUAGGCAUCGUGUGGGUGAAUUGCUCGCAGCCGUGCUUCUGCCAAGCCCCUUGGGGUGGGAAAAAGCGCAGCGGUUUUGGGCGCGAUCUCGGAGAAUGGGGUCUCGACAACUACUUGAACGUGAAGCAAGUGACGACGUAUGUGUCCAACGACGCGUGGGGUUGGUACACGGCGCCUUCGAAGAUGUGACGAGCUUUUACAUAUGGUCGACGGAUGAUCGGUUGUGGACGUGAGAAACAAAACCUAUGGUAAUGUACUCUUACUCUUCAUCUUUAAUGGUGAAACUUUGUGCUAUUUGUAACGUUGAAUUUCUAUGGAAAUAAAUGCAUGAAUAACUUGUUCUUUUAAA